AUGCCAGAGCAAAGAUUGCAUUACAUCUCAACUUGCAUACUUAUUGACGAGAUAAUUUACAUCGUGGAUCUCUUGGGAGGUUGGAGUAUAAAACCAGUAAUUCAAGGAAGCUCAGCACUACUUUCCCGGAGCUCUAAGGACAGUCAAGUUAAAAAUUGUGCUGAGCUGCACAGAUCUGGUCAGAGAAUCAGUGGUAUUUAUACAAUCAAAACUGACAACUCAGAAGCCUUUGAUGUAUAUUGUGAUCAGACAACAGACGGUGGAGGCUGGACGGUGUUCCAGAGAAGGCUAAAUGGUUCCGUCGAUUUCAACCGCAGUUUGUCUCACUACAAACAUGGUUUUGGAAGUUUCCUCGCUGGUGAAUUUUGGCUUGGACUGGAUAAGGUCCACCGGCUGACUCAAGAAAAGAAAAACAACAUGCUUAGAGUGGAUCUCGGGGAUGAUUCUAAAAACAUCGUUUACGCUGAAUAUCAAUGGUUUGGAAUUGCGAACGAAGCGGAUAAGUACCAGCUGAACAUUGGCAAUUUGGCAAAAGCGACUGUCCAUGAUUCUCUCAGUGCUCAUAAUGGCUCAAAUUUUAGCACUUGGAAUCAAAAGCAUUACAACUGUCCCGGAAAAGUAACAGAAAGCUGGUGGUUCCCGAAAGGCUGUAAAAUUGAAUCAAAUCUAAACGGAAUUUAUGGAUGGAAAGAAGACGCAAUUUAUGGAGGCAAAGAAGGCGCAAAGAUUCAUUGGGGAAAAUUUGAUCUUACAGAUCCUAAUCGCGCUCCCAUAACAUCAGAGAUGAAAAUCAGACCUGCACACUUCAAACGGCGAUAA